UACCUGCUGCUCUGCUCUCUCUUGCCCGCAGCUCUGUCGAAGAUGCACUGGACACCGGAACACGCCCAGCCCCUCAACCAGUGGCCCGAGCAGCACCUCGACGUCUCCUCCACCACCCAGUCACCGGCUCACAAGUUGGAGCUGCCCCCCGGGGGUCGCCAGCGCUACCAUUAUGCUUGGGCCCACGAUGACAUCUCCGCCCUCACUGCCUCCAACCUUCUCAAGCGCUACGCGGAGAAGUACUCCGGGGUCCCGGACUCACCCUAUGAGCGCCCCACCUUGGGAGGCUACGGCGAUGCUGCCUUUCUCAACGGUGCCAAGGGGGACCCCGAGCCCUGGCCAGGGCCGGAGCCGCCCUACCCUUUGGCCACGCUCCACGAGGGCCUCCCGGGAACCAAGUCGCGCGGUGGGGGCGGUUCCGGAGGCCUGGGGGGUUCUCCGGUUUUAGCCGGCAACCUGCCCGAGCCCCCGCUCCUGGCCUGCCUGGACUGCGGCUGCGGCGUGGGGGCGGAGGGCGUGCUGGUGGUGGGCACCACCUCGCGACCCGGGGCUCUGGACGAGGCCACCCGCCGGCGCUUCGCUCUCCGCUUCUACGUGGCGCUGCCUGACAGCCCGGCCCGCGGGCAGAUCCUGCAGCGGGCGCUGGCCCGUCAGGGCUGCGCGCUGAGCGAGCGGGAGCUCGCCGCCCUGGUGCAGGGCACCCAGGGCUUCUCCGGGGGCGAGCUGGGGCAGUUGUGCCAGCAGGCGGCGGCCGGGGCGGGCCUCCCGGGUCUGCACCGCCCCAUCUCCUACAGGGACUUGGAGGCCGCGCUCACCAAGGUGGGCCCGAGAGUCUCCCCCAAGGAACUGGACUCGUUCGUGGAGUGGGACAAAAUGUAUGGCUCCGGACACUGACGGCCGCAGGCCCUCCGUCCCCAACCUCCUCCGCUUGGGGCCGGUGGCUGAGAAGGUGCUGGAAUG